AUGACAGAUCAACCUCAACUGCCUCAAGCUGAGGAAGGAGAAUUAGAGGAAAGGUUUAAAGCUGCUCUUGACAUCCAGUUAGAGGCGCCAUUAGAGCUUAUGUCCAAACGAAAAGCCUCGCCUCCUAAGUUCUUGCCACCACACGAACUUCGAGAGGAAAUCAUCAAGGAGACAGCUCUGCUGGAGAUUGAGUUAAAGGAAGCUUUCAAGGAGAUUGGGAAUGCAAUUCUGAGGAGUGGAGUGUGUUUAGAUCCUGAACUGCAAAUUGAGGAAAACUUGGAGGAUCCCGGCUCUUUCACCUUGCCAUGUUUAAUAGGCCUUAGGAUUUUCAACAACUAUUUGUGCAAUUUGGGCGCUUCAGUCAGCAUCAUGCCACUUUCAGUUGCUAACAAGAUGGGUUUUAGCAGUUUUAAACCGAGUAGAAGACCAUUCUUAGCAACAGUAGGAGCAGUGAUUGAUGUGAAGCAAGGGAAGAUCAUAAUUGAGCAUGGAGAGAACUUCAAAAUAGAAUUUGGCAUCAAGAAGGGAAUUAAGAAGCCAACCAUUAAUGGUCAAGCUUUUUUCACCCAGACAAAACAAAGAAGAGUCAAGCAUCACAAAGAAGUCCAUACUACAUUUGUUGUGGAACCUAGACAAGAACUGGAAAAUCCAUUAAACCAGCCUGCUAUAGUGGAGAGGAAUCCAAAACCUCUCCCUUCUAAAACCCAUGCUUAA